AUAACGAGAAUUGCCAGCAAUAUAGCUCAGGUAGAAACAGAGGAACUUGUAGCCGCUGAGGAAGACGGUGGGGCAAUAAGUAAAUUUGUCCAGGCUUUUGAGGAACAAAUCAGUCGUGUUGAAGUUGCCGAUGGUGAGAUGCUCAUCAUUCAGCAGCCAAAUGUAGCAGUACAGGUCCAGAGUGUACCUGCUGAAGACAUCAUGCGUGGUAUCGUGCUUUCGCUAGCUGGAUCCAGUCUUUCAGACCUGACCAAGUCCAAUAUUACCAUCAAUGCUCCGACCCAAGAUGACCGCAAUGACAUCAUCGCUCAGGUCAACAUUCCACCUUCACUCUCAGGAUCGCCAUCAAAUGGCAGUGGUGAAUACGUCCGGGUCAGCUUCUAUGUAUUUUCGACUCCUGCUCUGUUCAUUUCUAAGUCAUUGCGCACAAUCAGUGCAGAUAAUGAAGGCUUCAAUCGAUCGGCUAACUCGCCAUUGAUUUCUCUCAGUAUUGGUCAAGGGAAAGUAGAAGCCUUGACCGAAUUCAUCAAUUUUACCUUCACUACACUAAAGUCUGGAUACGUGAAUCCCAUUUGUUCGUUCUGGGAUGAGGAGGAGGAAGAUUGGUCCCAAGAUGGUUGUGUUCUUGUUUCUGGAUUCGCAUCAUCUGAUGAGCGCUAUGACGAGGAGGGCGUGCGCUGUGCGUGUAAUCAUCUUACCAACUUCGCUGUUAUAAUGGAUAUCCAUAGACAGGAGGAUUCAUUAAUCGAGGCAUACAACAUCCUGACUUACAUUGGAUGCUGUAUUUCUAUCUUCAGUCUUCUUGUCACAUUGGCGACCUACCUGUGGAACAAGGAUUUGAGGACCAAACAGACUAACCAGAUCUUCAUCUGUCUGUGCCUGACCUUGCUGUGUCUCUACACGACAUUUCUCAUCAUGAUCUCUCUGGAUUCUACCAGAGAUUAUCGUGAGGUCCAAGCUGGACCAUGUGGGUUCCUGACGGCCCUAGUUCACUACUUCGUUUUGUCCUCCAUUGCAUGGAUGGGGGUGGAAGGGUACAAUACCUACCUCAUCCUUGUGAAGAUCUUUAACACCUACAUCCAGAAUUUCAUGAUCAAGGCCUUUUUAGCUGCAUGGGGAAUUCCUGCUUUCAUCGUGGUUCUUACCGGAGCUAUUGCUAGAGGCUCUUAUGCUCAUGAUGAUCUAUGCUUUCUACAAUUCUGGGCUCAAAUCGGUGGUCUCCUGAUUCCCAUGGCCAUCAUCCUCCUCAUCAACAUUGUCAUCUUCAUUCUGGUGGUUCGACAGUUGCUCCGGUCAGCCAACAUCACUGGUCGGGUGAAAAGAGAGGCUAAGGUAGAACGUCGAGAGACUAUCGAACGCGUCCAGAACGCGAUCUGCAUCUUGCUCCUGCUCGGUCUGACCUGGGUCACUGGAUAUCUUCUCUUGAUUCCGUCAUUCAGUCAGGUGGCUCAGCCAAUCUUCGUCGUCCUGAACUCCUUCCAAGGAUUGUUCAUCUUUCUACUCUACUGCGUCCGGAAGCCUCACAUCCGUAAGAAAUGGGGGCUAACUUGUUUCGACAAGUUGCUAAAGAACGGAGCAAGCACUUCCAGCGGUGUGGUGAGCUCGACGGCGUCAUCCUCGUUAGAUGGCAUGGUAAGCAAAUUGCGCCCAGGAGCUUCGGGUAAUUACUUGCUGCCUACCAAAGCCGACAAUCCCAAUCCUAUGUGUAUGUUCAAUCCGACCUAUGAUAUCAGCCAGAUUGAGGAAGGGGCCACACCACCUAUACAUAAAGAUAUCCAAUGUUUCACCGAGGAACAGAAAAGGGACACAGAUCGUGAUGCAACAAUCACUGAUGUCGUGACGGUAAGUCUCCGGCCACUCAAGUCAUCUGUCAGAGGUGAUGAUGUUUCAUCCACCACGAUUGCUGACAACGAUGAUUUUGCUUCCACCAACAAUGAUGCUCCUGUUAGUCUCCCUAAGGAUGCCGCGGAUGGCACCAUGCACAACGAGAGAAGUGAUGAUGUUGCUUCUGCAACAAGUGAUCAAGCCGUCAAUCUUCAAAUGGAUGCAACAGACGUCAGCAAAGGAAAUUAG